AUGGUCACUCGUGCCAAAGCUGGCAUUUUUAAACCCAACCAUCAAGUUGAUCUUUCUGGAUUUCUAUGUCAUUGGCUCUCUCAUGCGUUAUUUGCUUCAAGUGAUCCUAUCCAUCACACUCAAGCCAUGAGUGGCCCUAAAUGGGUGCAUGCUAUGCAUAUGGAGAUGGAUGAUAUGUAUAACAAUAAUACGUUGACAUUGGUUCCAUGUCCUGAUAAUCACAAUGUUGUAGGAUGCAAGUGGUUGUUUCGCACCAAAUACCGUGCAGAUGGCUCCAUUGAGCGUCAUAAGGGUCGUUUCAUGGCUUAG